UUCCACUCGUGUUGCUGAUGAUAAAGUUGCAACUGUUAAUCAACCACUCAUUUGCUUCGGAUGUUCGAAUCGCGCUGCUUGUCUGACGUCACGAUAAAUCCACUUGGUUCAAGGUGCUCCGGGUAAAACCUGGCAGUGUUGGUUGAACAGAUUAUUUCGUGUGGUCAUCUCAAUUCUCAGGCCGAAGAAUGUUUUUAAAAAAAUCACCCAUUCUCCUGCUCGUACUUUUUUCGUAUGCUAGUGCCCAGGGAAAGACUAAAGAUGAGUUAAUUAAAGACUUGUACGGAACGAAUGAUAACAGCACCCCGGAAAAUAAGCCCGUAACGAAUCGGACCCCAAACUUGCAACCCGACACAAGUGGGGGAAUUCCCGGGACGGGUUCCUGCACCUGCGUCCCUUACUACCUCUGCAGCAACGGCUCGGUGAACACGAACGGAGAGGGAAUUAUUGACAUAAGAAUCAAUGAAGGCCCCUGUGAGAACUACAUCGACGUGUGCUGCGAGAAGGGCAACGAGGUGGAGCAGCCCAUCACCCCCACGCCCCCGCCCAUCAAGCGCACCGGCUGCGGCCACCACAACCCGGACGGCAUCGGCUUCCGGAUAACCGGAAACACGGAAAACGAGGCCUCGUACGGGGAGUUCCCCUGGAUGGUGGCCGUCCUCCGGGAGGAGACCAUCGAGGGAAACCCCCAAAAGCUCAACGUCUACCAGUGCGGUGGCGCCCUCAUCCACACCCAAGUGGUGGUCACCGCCGCCCACUGCGUCACCGGAAAAAAACAGUUCAAGAUCCGGGCCGGCGAGUGGGACACUCAGACCAAGAAAGAGCUCUACCCCCAUCAAGACCGCGAGGUGGAGUCCGUGGUGAUCCACCCGGAGUUCUACGCGGGGGCCUUGUACAACGACGUUGCGUUGUUGUUUCUCAAAACUCCGGUCGAUAUCGCCGAUAAUGUCAACGUUGUGUGCUUGCCCCCGGAAGGGGCAAACGUGGACCACGCCAGGUGCUAUGCCAGUGGCUGGGGGAAGGACGUGUUCGGGAAGGAAGGGCGGUACCAGGUGAUCUUGAAAAAAAUUGACUUGCCGGUGGUUCCCCGGGACAAGUGCCAGGAAGCGUUGAGGAAAACGCGGCUAGGGAAACACUUCGAGUUGCACAAAAGCUUCAUCUGCGCCGGGGGCGAGCCCAAGAAAGACACUUGCAAGGGGGACGGCGGGAGUCCGCUCGUUUGCCCGAUUCCGGGCCAAAGUGAGAAGUACCAACAAGCCGGAAUCGUUGCCUGGGGCAUUGGGUGCGGGGAGAACAACACGCCCGGAGUUUACGUCAAUUUAGCGCUCUUCAGAAAGUGGAUAGACAAGGAAAUGAAGCUUAAGAACUUCGACACUUCGGUUUACGAAUAUUAAAUACUCUUGUAUCGUCUUCAAUAAAUAAAGUAUUUUGUAAGAGAA